AUGUUAAAAUGGCCAUUAAAUCAGAGGUUACUGUAUAAUAUAUUUAGGUAUUAAUGGUAUUUUGAUUAAUAAAGAUAGUCCAUCAUUAUUCACUUGUUAAGAAAUUUUAGAUGGAUGCAUGAUUAUAACACUUGAAACCAAUUUGAAAAGAACCUGGAAAGAUGUGAAAAAAGCACAUUUGAAUUGGAAUUUCCAAAACUUGUUUUAGGAAAGCAACAAUUAAAAUAUAAAUAAAUGGAAAAAUGUUUGGAAUAGAGGCUUGGGGAAAUUAAUUUGUUAACAUUUAGAAAAAUAAUUAAAUCAUUAAGUCAUUUUCUCAUAAAAAUAAGAAAUACCUAUUUAAGUUUCAAAUUUUCAUUAUAUUCUCAUUCUUGAUGAUUCAGGUUCAAUGAAAGGAGAUAAAUGGAGUUAAGCAAAAGAUGGAGCUUUGAAUUGUAUAAAGUAAUUAGAAAACACUGAUAGUGCAAAAGUUAGUGUUAUAAUCUUUAACAGCAAUGCAAGAAUAGUUGCAGAAUGUUAAAAACCCAAUUUUUAAGAAAUGAAUAACAAAAUUGUUUAUUCAGGAGGUGGUAUCUGUUUUGAACCACCAUUCAAAUUAGUGCUAGAAUUGAUUGAAAAAUAUCAUGACUUUAAUAAGUAAAUAAAUUAAAAAUAUUAGAAUUUAAAUAUUAUUUUAUACUGAUGGAGAAGCAAGUUAUCCAUAAAAUGCAGUUGAUAAAUUAUGUUCGCUAUCAUACAAUAUAAGACGUCUAAUCAGUAUAAUAGCCUGUUCUGGAGAAAAAUAUUCUCAAUAAUUAGCACUAUUGAUUGAGAAAUUUAAAUAAUAUAUAUAAUCAGCCGAAUUAAAAAAUUCUGUUGGUCGGUUAAUUUAUUAAGUUAAUGGUAUUAUUAAUUAUAAAAUUCAAUAAUAAUCAUUAUCUUAAAAAUCUCUUCCUUUCUUUUUAAAUUUUAGAUACUUGAAUUAUCUAGGAUUUUAAGGGUUCAUCUAAUAUUUUUGUAUUAAAUAAUUUACUAGAAUUAAUUUAAAGAUCUAAAAGUUUCUUAUAAAAUUGAAAAUAUGUGUAAAAAGGGUGAAAACAUAUUUAUUUAUAUUAAGUUAAUGA